AUGUAUGAUGUGAUCUGUUUUAUUUGUUUGUAUCUAUGGUUAUUGUUUAUAAUAAUUGGAAAUAAUAUCUUCUUAUUAUGUGCAGGAGAAAAUUUAAAAAAAGUGGAAUGUGAAGGUAUUUUAAUUUACGACGAUAUAAUAAAUAUUUCCAAAAAAAAUAAAGAGGAAUAUUUAGAAGGAAAAAAAAAAAAAAAAAGUAGAGAUAUAUUUCAUAUACCAUAUUUUAUUAUAUACAAAAAUGUGAAUAAAAAUGUAUUUUCUUCAAAUGAACAUUAUAAUGGUUUAUCUGUUUUUAUGAAGCAUAAUAUAAAUACAAGAGAAAAAAUUGAAGAAGAAAAAAUAAAUGUGUUAAAUAAUUUUUUAUAUAAAAUAUAUAAUACAGAGGAAUAUAGAAAAGAAAUAAAUAAAUAUAUAAAGAAUAAUAUACAGAAUGAUAUUAAUCUGUAUAUAUCCUUUUUAAAAAAGAAUAAGAAAGCAUUAUUUUUAAAAUCGAGUUUGUUAGAAAGUCUUUAUAAAAAUUGUAGAUCUAUACAUUUAAAAGACAAUCAUUAUGUAAUAAAUAAAAAUUGUUUAUCUCAUAAAUAUAUAUUGUUUAAUUGGAUAGAUGAAGAUGUUUUUUUCAAUAAAUGGAAUGAUAAUAUGAAAAGAUAUGAUAAUUCUUCUUCGAUAUAUAAAAGUUAUAAAUGUCCAAUAUUAUCAUUUAUUCAUAUAGCCAAAAUAGAUUUGAUAAAGGCUUCUUUUCCAUAUUUUUUAAAAUACUUUUUUCUUGAUGUUUUAAAAAAAAAAAAUGAAAAGGCAUAUAAUUUAUUCCUUUUUUUUAUGAACAAUAAAAUUAUAAAGGAUGUAGUAAUAAACAUGUUUGUAGACAAAAGGAUGGAAAAAAAUAAAUAUAAAUAUAAUGAUAAAGCAAAAGAUGAGGAACAUAAAACAUAUAAAUUUAAGAACCAUUAUUAUAAUAAAUAUGUAUUUAAUAUAUCUUUUAAUAUAUAUAUAAAGAAUUACAAAAUUUUGGAUAUGUUAUCUCAUUUUUUCAAUAAAUUUGUUUGUUACCAUAAAAAAAAUAAUAUAUUUCUUAUGAAUCAUAAUAAUAAUAGUAAUAGUAAUAUAUAUAUUUAUUUAAAAAAUAAGAAGCAAAUUAUUCAUCAUAAAAAUUAUAUAUAUAAUUAUGGUAUAGAAAAAAAUUUGUAUUUUAUUCCAUAUUUGUUUUUAAGUUUAUAUGAAGAAGAGGAAGAAAAGAAAAAACCGGUGAAUACAUUUUUAUUUUUUAAUUACAGAGUAGAAAACCUAUUAAAUGUGGUUGAGAUAUUUCAAAUAGGGAUGCAUGGAGAAAAUGAUUACUUUUUAUAUAAAGGUGAUGAUAAGAAUAUGGAUGUAAAUAUAAAUAUGAUGAGUUUUAUAUUAAGCAGACAAGAAAUAUCAUCCUAUGACAAUAGUGAGAAAAAAUAUAUAAGUGAUGAGAAUAAUAAUAUUGAAAGGGAACAGAUAUAUAUGUUUAAAAAUAUAAAGAAAAUUAAAGAAAAAAAAGAAUCAUAUAAAAAUAAUAGUUUAAAUAAAAAUAUCAAAAGUAAUAUUAUAAUAGAUAGAAUAGACAUUAAUAUGAAGAAAAAGGAUUCAUCUUUUUUAAAAUGUAAAAUGAUUAUUCGAGAUUUAUAUGGUAAUAAUAUAUUUAUAGAUAGAGAGAAAAAAAUAAAUAAUAAUAUAUAUUGUCCUUUUUUAAAUAUAGAAAAUUAUAAAGAAGAUUCUUCUCAUUUUAUGACAACAUAUGUAUAUGACAUAAUAUUUGAAGAUAAAAAUAAAAUAAAUACAACUCAAGGGGAAAAUAUUAACACUUUAUAUAAUAAUAAUAAUAAUAAUAUUAAAGGAAAAAAUAUGAACACAUUAUAUAAUAAGACUAUAUAUAAUAAUAAUAAUAUUAUUAAAUAUCUUAUCAAUAGUGAUAGGAACAACAGAAUAGAAGAUAUAAAAAUUUAUACAUAUGAUUAUAUUAACAUAUAUUAUAAAACCUUAUUACAAAAUAGAUAUGUAGUUCCAUGUUUAAAAAAAAAAAAAAUAAAUAAUGUUAAUAUAUAUAAAUAUAAUUAUUAUAAUAAUAUAUAUGAUAAGGAUAUGUUAUGUUCAGAAUAUGAUAUAUAUGAAUUUUCGGAUGGGAAAAUUUAUUUAAAUUGUAGUGAGCAAAAUGAUAAAAAUAAAAAUAAAAAUAUAAUCAAUAAUAAUAAUAAUAAUAUAUGGAAUAAUAUAAAUGAUAAGGAUAAAGAAGAUAUAAAAAUAUAUGCUGAUAAAAAAAAUGUUUAUAUACAUAAAAAUUAUGAUAAUGAUAUGUUAAGUAUAUAUACAUAUGAUUUUUAUUUAUAUCUAAAUGAAAUAUCUUUUCCUUCUUUUUUUUUUCAAGAACAAAAACAAUUUCAUACUGAACAUAUAUGCAAUGAAUCCUUUUUAAAUAAACAAGAAAAUGAUUACUAUCAUAAUUCAUAUAAUACUAUCUAUGAUCUUAAACUUGUCAAUAAUUUUAUUUAUAUACCCAAUACAAAUAUAACAGAAGGAAAUAAUCAUAUAUUCAAUAUAUAUAAUGUUUAUAAUAAAAAUAAAAUAUUACAUAAUGUUUUAAAAGUUAAUUAUAUGGAAAAAAUGAAUUAUCCUAUUUAUUAUGAUUUAUAUUAUAAUACAACAGAUUUUUAUGUGAAUAACACUUAUAUAUAUUCAAUACCAAGAGGUACUGAUAAUAUAAAUUACAUCUUCUAUAUAACUACUUCUACUAUAUUUCUUUUAAUUUUCAUAACUUUUUAUAUCUUCUAUAAUUUUUAA